GGCAGCGCAUGGAGCAUGCAAAGUGCUGGCUUUUGGAGUUUAGAGAAUCAGAUGGACUAACUGAUUAACUUGCGGGAUUUUUCAUCUACUGCACUGCUUCUAUGUUUCUUGUCUUCUGCCUCAAAGCAGAAAAGAAGAAGGAUAUUAAGCACUAAUUUCAGCAAAAGGUAUGGAUCUAGAACAUGGAUUCUAUCGGCAUGUGGACGUCCCAGACCACGUUCACUACAUCGUUGCCUUCUUCGUCUUAGUGAUCGGAGCAGUGGGAGUUUCUGGGAAUGCCUUGGUCAUGUAUGCUUUUUCUUGCGACAAGAAGCUCCGGACACCUCCCAACUUCUUCAUCAUGAACUUGGCCAUCAGCGACUUCCUGAUGGCCAUCACACAGUCACCCAUCUUUUUUGUUAACUGCCUGUAUAAGGGGUGGAUUUUUGGGGAAACAGGUUGUAAAAUUUACGCCUUCUGCGGGGCUUUAUUUGGAAUCGCCUCGAUGAUAAACCUUCUCGCUAUCUCCAUAGACCGGUACAUAGUAAUCACCAAGCCUUUGCAGUCCAUCGGGUGGACUUCGGCAAGACGUACUUGCCUCAUAAUUGCCCUAGUGUGGUUUUAUUCACUUGCUUGGAGCCUGGCGCCACUUUUGGGGUGGAGUUCCUAUAUCCCCGAGGGCCUGAUGACCUCCUGCACAUGGGACUAUGUGACAUCGACUCCCGCCAAUAAAAGUUACACUUUGAUGUUGUGCUGCUUCGUAUUCUUUGUCCCUCUGGGCAUCAUAUCCUACUGUUACUUGUGCAUGUUCCUAGCAAUUCGUCAUGCAAGCAGAGAUGUUGAGCAGUUGGGGUCUCAGGUGAGAAAGUCAACCCUGAUCCAACAGCAGUCUAUCAGGACUGAGUGGAAGUUGGCAAAAAUUGCCUUUGUGGUGAUCAUAGUGUUUGUACUUUCCUGGUCACCCUAUGCGUGUGUCACUCUCAUCGCCUGGGCUGGAUAUGCACACAUUCUCAAUCCAUACUCCAAAGCUGUCCCUGCGGUUAUUGCGAAAGCAUCUGCCAUCUACAACCCUUUCAUCUAUGGAAUCACUCACUCCAGAUACAGGGACACCCUGGCAGAGAAGGUGCCCUGUCUACACUUCCUGGCCCAUGCCCCUAAAAGGAACUGCAUAUCAGUGGCAAACAGCAAGUCCUCCAUAAGGGACUCGGUGCUUAGCCAUCAGUCAUCAGUCUCCAAAUCACAGUUUCAGAGAGUUUCCUCCAUGUCUACAACAGACACACAGGUUUGCAGUGAUGUGGAGCUGGAUUCCAUGGAUCAGAGUCAUUGUGCUAAGACAGAUUAUUCCCCUGCUGCUGCAAAGGUCAAAGAACGUUAUUCUUUAGCUAAACAGUUCAAGGAGAAGGAAUGUCUAAGUCAGGAUAAGGCUGCUUUUCCAGACAACACGUCACAGAAAAAUCUUUCGUCAGUUUAUCAUAUCAGUUCAUCAACAGAAUAGAUGUUCUUAGCUUGGAGGAGGAGAACGUUGAAAGCUGAACAACACAGAGAAAGCGGGACGAUGAAUAAAGCAUUUCAAAGUGAAGACACUGAGGCACAGCAGCCCCAGAAAGAGAAAAACAAGGAUGAGUCACGGGUGCUAGAAAUUUUGGACAAUCGUGUAUGUCUUUCCCCCCUGAGAGGUCAGAUCCAACUCAAUGAAAGCCUUCAGUUAUCUAACAAUAGCAUGGUGCACAAAGCCUACAAGAAGAAUCUCAUAGUUUGUUUACAACCUCAGGACUGUUCUGCUCAGCAAAUAAAGACUGCGACAUUUCUGAAGCACAAGUUUCAACACAGCUUAUCCCAAAAACAUUUGAUCCAUGUUUCCAGAUGUUUAGCUGAAGAGCAGCAAGUAUAACUCUUUUCACCAAAGAUGCAAAGUCUACGUUUGUUAUGUGAAAAAACUUAAUCAUGUUAUGUGUCUGCUUACAUAAAAAACUAAUUAUUUUUGUUCUUUGUGGAAUCAUGUGCACUACAAAAAUAAAAGUAUUCACUUUUUGUCUUUACGUUCAGCCUCAACACACGCAAAAGAAAUAUGAGGCACUUUUUUUAUUUUGAUUUGAAAGAGCUAAGUUCAAAAUACUCCAGCAUAUUAAUUUAUAAUUUAUGUGAACAAAACAAAUUACUUUGCCUUUUUGGAAAUAUUUAUUCUGUAGACAAGCUUACAUUCCCAGUUUAGUUUAUGGCUAAAAUCUGGUCUCAGGAAAGCUCCCAUACUUAUCAAAAAAGCCAUAAAAAAUUAUCUGUAUUUUGUUGAUGUAAUGCAAUCUGACACAAGAAAACCUACAACAGCUUUCUCUCUAAAUUUCAGAUCCCAGUCUUGUUACAGGUCUAGUUGUUUCAGUAUUUUUAUUCUUUUAUGUUGACUGUUGCUGCUGUCCAGUAAAGAUAAUUUCUUUCAGCUAUAUAAUGAAGAUCAACACAAGUCUGCUUUUCUUGAAUGAUGGGUUCUCUCAUAGUUUUGAAAAAGGAAAAUAAGAAAUAAUGGUAAACCAGAUUUUUAUCCAUGUGAAACAAGAUAAUCAUGGAUAAUAAAAGUUUCUAGAAAGUUGGGUCUACUUGAGAAAAAAGGGACAGCAAACAUUUAAAAUAACUUGUUCAAGUUUUAUUUAUUUCAUUUAAUUUUACUCAUUUUGACACCUGUAACUUUAAACGUUUUGUAUAAUUUCAUUUCUCUGCAGCACAACAGGGAGUCAGUAACAGGAAGGCUUUCUCCCAGUAUCCCCAAUUUUUUUAUUUUUAUUUUUUAACCAAAAGUCCACUAAAACUACAUGGAGCUCGUGUUCAAGUAAUUUUUGUGACGUGAUUUUAAUUAUAGGUUUCAGUUUAUUUGCCAUGCAAUGCAGCUUCAGGCAAAACAGCAGAUAAAAAAAUAAUUUGAAAGCUUGUGUUUUUCUGAUAUAUUUGGACGUGUGAAUAUUUCAGGUUUAACAAUACUGACAAAUACACAUUAUGUUAUUAAACAAUGAAAAGUGAAACAACUUUCUCUCAGUUGGAAUUCACAAUUGUGUUGAAUACCUUCUGUUGUUUAACUGCA